AUGUCACACCAGCAUUACCCUGACGAGAAGCUCGACAUUGAGGCAGGGCUCCCCGGCGAUGCUGCGCCGCUGUUCAAGCAGACGGACACCACUGAGCCUAUCAUCCAACAGCAUGAGCGCCGACAGCUGAGCACGAAGAAGAAACUUCUUCUCGGUGGUCUCGCGGGUUUCUUCAUCUUCUCCGCCGCCCGAGCUUGCCAUUCGCGUCAUCACCGGAGCGGUCUUCAGGAGUGGAGCAGCGACUGGGACUAUGGCAAAUUCACUCAUUCUGCUCCUAGCCCUUGGGAUUACACAAAGGAGACCUGGAUGUACGUCGAGCAGCCUACACCUCCUGUCUUUAGUACCUCUUCGGACGACACCAGCACCGCCGCCGUCACCUUUGGUCUUAUCGAGAAACGCCCCCUUACUCUCAACUUCACCAAUUGCGGUGAUGGAACUGUCGUUAUCACUCGUGACGACGGUUUGAAGGAGCCCAAGCUCACCAUCGAGUCCACUCUCUUCCCUCGGCUGAACACUACCUUGGAAAGUCACAAGCUCAUCGGCCAUAAGGGUGAUCUCAUUAACAUCAUUGGCGCUCCCGCGUCCCUCGAGGUCGUCCGUUUGGCGCUGCCAAAGACGUCGAAGGAGGUUCGCACGCUCAACAUCGUCUCCACCAACAAGAUCGCGGUCUUAGUCGACUCUUCAGCGACUGACCUCCGCAUCAAAAACCUUCUUGUCGAUGCCAAAGGCGAUGUUGCGUUCAAAGAGGUUGUCGCGAAGCGCGCCGUUGUUCUGAACAGUGGUGACAUCACGGGUACCUUCAACGUCACCUCCCUGCUGCGACUCGAGACUCUUUCUGGCGAUAUCAAGGCUACCAUCAACAUUCUUGAGAAGCACAGGAAGGACAAGAAGCCGAAGGAGCCCGAAGAGCCCGAGGAGGUUAAGGAGUCUGUCGAGUCCGUGGAUGCUGAGGAGCGCUCUGAGGGAACGCCGUGCGGCCUGAAGAAGCGUUUCAUCAUGUGGCUUGGCCUGGACACUGACAAGCACAAGCACAAGCAUAAGCACAAGCACCCCAAGCAUCCCAAGCAUCCCAAGCACCCCAAGCACCCAAAGUUUGCUUUCGUCGAAGCUCUCAGCAUCGCCGGCAACAUCAACCUUCACGUUCACAAGCCCAAACACGUCCCUGCACGGGUGACUGCGCAUGCCACGUCUGGCAACGUCGAGAUUGAUGGCCCCGACAGCUUCUUCGGCCACUUCUUCGCCGAAGCGAAAGUCGGAGGACUCGAAGUCAAGGCUGAGGGUGACAAGGAGAUCAAAGUCAUGCGCGAGAAACACACUGAGAGCGGUGGCCUCAUUGACGGCUUCAUCCGCUUCAAGGACCAGCCAUGGCCUAAACCUCCUCGCCGGCCGGGAGGCCCCCCUCCUCCUCCUCCUCCUCCUCCUCCUCCUCAUGAGGACCGCCCUCUCGAGCACAUGGACAAGCACAUGAUGCACGAGGAGCGCGACAUGCAGGAUGACGAGGGCUACAACGUGCAGAAGGGCAAGCACCACGACAAGCACCCGCACCACCACGACCAUCCCCCUCACCACCCUCCCCACCACCCUCCUCCUCCUCCCCCGGGUCCUCGUGGGACCUCUGACUUCCACGUCAGUGCCGCUGUAGGCAACGUUAAGCUUUCUGUUUGA